AUGUGUACUUGUGGUCAACCCAAUCACCCAGGAGAGCCGUGCAAUGAACAUAAGAAAUGUAUCAACUGUGAAGGACAGCAUGCUGCUGAUUCUAGAGAAUGUCCGCGGAUGAAGGAAGAAGUUGCCAUCCAAAGAGUGAGGACGCUAGAAAAAAUUAGUUAUCUGGAGGCAAAAAGGAAAGUAAUUAGCUCAUCUCCCCGGGUGUCAUACGCUCAAGUUACCGCUACCCCAAGUGCUACAGUUAAUAAACUUGUUGAAGAACUUCUUCCUCUGCUUUCAAAAACGAUAGAAACACAGAUUAAACAAACCUUUGAUAAAUUUGUAAAUAGACCAGUACGGACAUUGACACCUUUAAAUCUACCUCCUCCUAACCAAUACCUAUCGGAUACGUCUACUCAACCAUCUCUUUCAGAAAAGAGGAAACGUACUGUUAUCCAAAAGGAUAAUGCGGAUGAUCCCGCAGACGAUACUGACGAAAGCUUUCGUCACAAGCCAGCGGAACAUCCUCACUUGCUAAGAAAAAAAAGGGAUGGCCGAAGGGAAAACCCAGAAAGCCUCCAGAUGAUAAGACGAUUAGUUCCGAUGUAA